AUGAUGAACGAGGAAGUCGACGAUACCGAGUUUUUCCAGCAGGACUUCACCACCGCGUCGGACUGGGAGUUGUUCAACGCGCGUCUCGAGGAGAUCUUUCACGAAUGGAAGCUAUCGUUCGGGCAGAGUGCAUUCCGGAAGUUACAGCACCACGAGUUAGCGACUUGCCGAUGGAACAAGGCACGGGAAACGAUCAAAUUCGCCGACGUUGAGCUGCACGUCGUGCACUACCGUGCGGUGUUGGAAGAGACCGAGCUAGAGGGUGCUGAAGCGCCUGAUUCCACUUCCGGGUGCCAAACGUUCGUGGAUUUAAUGGCGAUUGAAAAUGACUACUGUGUCGCGUACGGUCAGCGAGAUGGUGGAGAUGGCUACGUCGACGAGGAUCAAAAAGUACAUCCGCUUGCGCAGUGGUACGGCUUGCGGGAGUUCGUAAUCGUGUCACCGGCAAAGAAGUCGAUCGCGAACGAGAGCCAGAUCCGCAUCUUGAUGAGCUCGGUUCACAUUGCUGUCUCGGAGAGCAGCUGCGACGUUCCGGUGUUUGUGCAAGCCAUGGACAAAGUGCAGCACGUGUAUCUGGGCGUGUGUGAAUCCGGCGCCGUACGGAUGUCGUUCGAUAUCGUGCACUUGCACCUAACGCCACCGACCUGCAAGUACAUGUCAGGGCUGCUCGAGGUAUUCAAAGGCAAAAUAGGUGUACCGUACGUGGAUCCUGUGGCCGUGUCGGUUCGCUUUACCUACUCAUUGACGCGGUUUCUUUCGGGGAGCUUCUUAAGCGAUAAAAUCAUUCCCUUCGACGAGAACUUCCUGUACGACACCACCAGUGGCAGUGUCGUAUCGCUGCCGUUUGGUGUCGCGAUCGAUCCAGUUGCUGAGCUGAUCGUACACUGCACAUGGCCACAGGUCGCAGACAACGUGGUCGUUGACUCGCAAACUUAUUCCGACUUUGAUCCGCUCACGGCACCGCUCUGGAGUUUGCGAGCACAGUUCGAAGACACACCCGCCUGCUAUCUGGCCGACUGUCUGCAGGAAUACCUCCAAAUCGUCGACUCAUCGCGCGCUCUGACCGAGUACUUUAGUGAGCUUGCGUUUGGUGCGACAACUCCCAUCGCAGGUGCCAACCCGCUGGAUCUGCUCACGGAGUCGAAAAUUCCACGCAUCUCUUCCGUGUUGCCUGGCCGCAUGGGCACAGCCCAGAAGCCAUCCAAACUCGAAGGUCCACUGAGUGACGACCAGCUGAAGGACAUGCUGUACUACCUGUUCCCGGACGCGCAGCAAGAGCCACGCUGGCCAUAUCCACCGUCUGCGACCAAGCCAGCCGAGUUUGAUCCACAUCGGGUUAAGUCGGCCAAUCCGGACUCGCUGGUGCAUCGGCUGGCAGGACUACUUGCGCUUUGCAACGCGUACUUCGGUGGAAAGCGAGGCGUCGCGCAGCUAUGGGCCGAAUUUGCGCAGGAAAUGCGGUAUCGCGUCGAACGCUGCAUUCCAGUACCGGGGUAA